AUGGCUGCUACGGCAAAGACACUGGUUCUAGUCACCGGCGCGACCAGCGGCAUCGGCUUCGAGCUAGCCGCUCAGCUGAUGGCACGGAGCGCCUCGUACCACGUCCUUGUUGGGGCAAGGUCUCCGGAAAAAGGAGCCGCAGCCGUGAAGGACCUACAGUCUCGCAGUCUGCCUGGUUCGGCUGAAUUACUCGAGAUUGACGUGACCAAAGACGACACCAUCGAGCGUGCGGUCACCUCGGUUGAGCGCGCCCAUGGCAAGCUCGAUAUACUGGUCAACAACGCCGCCGUGUCGGCGAUGCAGCCCCCACUUCGCCAGCAGAUGCGCGAUGCUUUUGACACCAAUGCGACUGGCCCGGCUGUCUUGACCACUGCCUUCGCCGAGCUCCUCCGCAAAUCAACUGCUUCGCCGGCGAGAAUCGUCAACAUUUCGAGCGGGGCCGGCUCCAUUGCUCGUCGUCUGGACACUUCUUCACCCAUUUACAACGUGCAAGCGGUGCAGUACCGAGCAAGCAAAGCCGCCCUUCACAUGGUCACCGCCUGCCAGGUCUAUGAGUUCCAGUCGGCUGGAAUCAAAGUCUUCGCCUACGAUCCAGGCUUCACUCAGUCGAACCUGGGCCCUCACAACAAGGCCGAGUUCGGCGCCAAGCCUGCUUCGGAGGCUGUCAUGCCCUUGAUUGAUGUUUUGGAGGGCAAAAGAGAUGAUGAGGCUGGAAAGCUCUUGCAUAACACGGGCGUUUAUCCUUGGUAG